AUGGCAGCACAGGGGGAGUCGACGGUGCGGUCGCAUCGGUCGACGCCCCGGGGAGGUUCUCCUAGGCUGAAACCAGACUUGAAGCUGCUGGAGCCGCCGCUGUCGAGACGCAGGUCGGCCCAGUCGGUCUCUGCAGCAAGCCAGUCGGACGAGCAGAGGUCGAUAUACCAGCGACUGGGCUCGAGGCACGGCCAAUCCUCCAAGAGCUACUCGCCGCACAGCCAGAGAUCGAUACCGCGGACCCCGGGUUCGGGGCAGUUGGCCGUCCGUUCGGUUCCAGCUUGGGUUAAGCACGCGGACGACGAUGACGACGAUGAAAUAGAGGAGCCGCGGACGCGGCCGCAGUCGAGGUCGCCGGCACAGCCACAGCCACAGUCGCCGUCACAGUCACAUUCACAGUCAACGGCAUUACCGGUGCUGCCAGGAGACGCCCAUGUUGCGAGCCAUCACUACCUACCCAAGUCGAAAGACUUCGCACUCGACAGCGCGGCCGGAAGAGCCAGAGAUAUAGAGAAGGGCGAAGGAGAAAGGCCGGAGAGCAACCGCUCCUACACGCAGUAUACGCAGCAGUCGAGAUGGAAGACGUUUACCAUGCCCGUGCCGCAGCGUCGAGAAACGACACAGCAACAGAACAGGGUAGUCGACGCAGACUGGCUCAACCAGAAUUUCGGCGACUACUCCGAUCCAUGGCACGGAUACAUCGACGAAAAGGCUGAAGCGAGCUCCCGGCAGUCGGGGACGUUCAUCCAGCGGCGGAAGAAAUGGAUGAAGGGCUUCCAGUACAAGAUACUGCACAGUCCCAUGGUGCCUCUCAUCAUCCGUCUUACCGUCUUCAUCUUCUCGGCCGUUGCCCUCUCGCUGGGAGCGGCCCGUCUCGGAUCCCACAUCAUCUUCGAUGCAAUUGCACUUGUUUACCUGGUCUAUAUCACGUAUGAUGAAUACACCGGAAAGCCACUUGGUCUCCGGUCAGCUACGGCAAAGAUACGGCUUAUCUUCCUUGACCUGGUGUUUAUCGUCUUUGCGUCCGCAAACCUCAGUUUAGCGUUUGCUUCUCUGUCCGAUGUCAAUGGCACAUGCACCAGCGGAGGCACGGACGACUCUGCCAAUGCCAGGAUAGACAAGAUCUGUGAUAACCAGAAGGUGUUAGCUGCUGUCUUACUGGUUGUACUGGUUGCCUGGCUCAUGACAUUUAUGAUAAGUGCUCUACGGGUCAUCGAGCGAGUGGCAGCCAAGUGA